GCAGACAUGGACAAUCGAUGACAGAUAAACUUUCCAAAUGUUUUUUUUAUAGGUUAUGUGUUGUUUCUUUCAAGAUUGAAGAUUUUUUUCAUAACAUGAUUAAGACAAUGUAAUAGAUGAUAUAUGCUAAAGAUAAAAGUAAUAUGUCAAGAAAAAUACCACGUAUAUAAAACUAUCGAUGAGUAUUCUCUAUUGCUCCUGCCUUAGCACACAUUAUUAAUUGUAGACACUACACAUACAACUGAGACUCUCCAUAUGGCUCUUUUCAACAUGAAAUCCUCCUCCUACAGCUUGGAAGAAAUCCAGCAACGGAUAGAUGAAGUCAAGCGGUUUCUGUCUGUAACCCUUAGCAUCUCUAAUGCUCACACUGUAGAGUUCUACACUCACGACGUGUGGAAGCGGUUCAUGGCGGUCUCACCGGAAGAUGUGUUGUCAGCUGUGAGCUCGGGCAGCGACCAGCAGAGGGCGCCAGAGUCAGAAGAAACAGAGCAAUCCACAACCACAUUUGGGUUUUGCAUUGAUUCGAACCAGCUGGUUGAUACCCAUGAACUUCUACAGGCAGCCAAGGCCCACUCUAUCCCCGGCCUUGGAGUCUGUGCGAGUAGGGAUGAGCUACUGCUGCACCUCAGAGGCAACGAGUUCGAGUCUGGCUCCCAACCAGCAGAGACGGAACUAGAGCCAGAUGAGUUUAUGAACUCCAAGAAAUCCCAUGAAGUUCAGUCCAUGUCGGAUGUCGUGGCCGGUUUGGCAAAGCAUUGUGGAGUCAAACAGGUGAUAGAUGUAGGCUCAGGUAAGGGAUACCUGAGCUCCUUUCUGUCUCUGCGAUACGGCCUCCGAGUUUACGGCAUUGACUCCUCCAGCACUAACACCCAUGGUGCUCAGGAGAGGAACAGGAAGCUAAAGAAGUUCUCCCGGGCGUACCAGAAGCACACAAAAGGAGCAGGGACACACUCCGAAGCUGCACGCUCACUUCAAGAGGACACAGUGACUCUAAAUUCAGAGCUGGGAAGCAACAAGGAUGUUUUGCACGGUGAAGCAGCAGGAAAUAUUUCACAGGAAGCGAUAUUGUCAGUCAGCUCUUCAGAUGUCAGUGCACCAGUGGAAACAGAGUCGGAGCGGAAUCCAGAAACAGAGGAGCUCUUCCUUAGUGCUUUGUCAGCAGAUCUGAUACAGCUUGCAUCCCCCAGAGUUCCCCCAGGUCAACUCAGUUCUGAGGAGAGGGAGAGGAGGAAGAGGGAGAACUUGGAGAGAAAGGCUGAGAGCAGAGGGGAUGGCGCCGGCGCCCUGUUUUCCCCGCUCACGUCUUAUGUCACCGCAGAAACCGAGCUGCGAGAGCUCAUCACCGAGCUGCAGCAUGCCGUCCUGGUGGGCCUGCACACGUGUGGAGACCUGGCUCCCAGCACGCUCAGGAUGUUCGCGGCUAAACCAGAGCUGGCCGCGGUGUGCAGUGUGGGCUGCUGCUAUCACCUUCUGUCAGAGGAGUUUGACCCUGCCGGACCGGGGUGUUUGCACAGCGCGUGCGGUUUCCCUCUGAGUCAGUACCUCCGCCAGCAGGCCUGGUUCUGCGGCCGAAACGCCAGGAUGUCAGCAUGUUUGGCACUGGAGAGAGUUUCCCUCGGCCAGGGGAUUCAGAUGGAGUCUCUGUUCUACAGAGCAGUCCUUCAUGUGAUCCUGAGGGACCACUACAGCUCCUUUAAAAGCGAAAAGCGAGUCGGAAAUGUUUACUCCAAGGCAAAAUCCUUUGUGGACUACGUUCGACGAGCCCUGCGCAGACUGGAACUGGAUGAAUCAAAGCUUUCCGAUGGCGACAUCCAGGACUACCACGACAUGUACAGAGAGCGAAUGGACGAGAUGCACGCCUUUAACAUGCUGAAGGUGAGCCUCGCUCCCUGUAUUGAAGGUCUGAUUCUCCUGGAUCGCCUCUGCUACCUGAAGGAACAGGAGGACGUGUUGUUUUCCGGGCUGGUGCAGCUGUUCGACCCCCUGCUCUCACCGAGAUGCUACGCAGUAGUCGGACUCAAGAGCGGUGGAAAGAGAGCAGCAAAGUGAGAAACGUGUCCAUAACGGACUGAUGCUGCGUUCAUUUUGUGCUUCAAUGUAUGUGAGACCAACCGUUCAAAUAACAAUGUAUUAUGCUGUAUUCAUACCUAUUCACUGUAAUCAGAUAUGAGUUUAUCUCAUCGUGUCAUUAGUUCAAUUGUCCCUUUUUUUCUAAAUUUCUUGUUUUUUAUAUAUAUAU